CACAGCCGUGACGUCAUGGCUCAUGUGUUAUAACGCAAACACAAGGACAGAUAUAACUGGAAUUAUUCGUCGGAAUUGGUUGAUUAAGAUGUCACAGAAGGAUCCUUGUCAAAAGCAGGCUUGCGCGAUACAGAAAUGUUUACAAGCCAACAAAUACAUUGAAAGUCGUUGUGAGGAUGUGAUUCGGGCUAUGAGAAAGUGUUGUGAAGUCCAUACAGGAGAAAACUCUGUCUGCUGCUCUGGAUUUGCUAAAGAACACAAAUCUUCAGAGACAAAAACAUAACUCUAUGUGGACACUGCAAUAGUUAUUUGUCCAAAACAUUGUAAUUAUGUGUUUAUCACAAUUAUACUUCACUUUAAGUCUUUAUGGAUACUUUUAAAAUAAACCUUUUAAAUUAAACCAGCAAGAUGCCUUUGGGUGCCAGUAUUUAUUUAACCCAAUAACACAGUUCAGAGAAUAUGUCCAUCACAACUGAUUACAUCUGAGUAUUUAUAGUUACUUUGUCUGAUAUUUCAAUAAGCGACACUGAACCCAAGUUGAGAUUUCACAAAGCUUAAAAAUAAAUGCAGAAGGGAUUUGAAUAGUGAGGCAUGUGAAAUGCAGAUCACAUAAUGACUUGAAAAGAAAAUUGAUGAAAUAUGUCUUCAUGUUCCGUGCAUUAGCUGUUCUUCAGAAAAAAUAACCAGACGUAUUUCAUAAUGAUCAAUGGUGUUUAUCUUUAGAGUGAAAACAGGCAACCCAGAGCAAUCGUUUAAAUCCUGAUCGUCAAUUCACUUUUACAUUUCUGUCAUUCUUAGUUACAUAAAAUAUA